AUGGCUCAGGCGGCUGGAAACCCUAACGGCGUCCCCGAGACCGAGGGCCCGCUCCUGAAAAUUCAAAAGAUUCACGAAAACGGCGGCGUUUACGAGUGCAGAUCUCAAGAAGAAGUUCCAUUUUUAAGGGUGAAAAAGCUCUCUGACAAGGCAGUUUUGCCUUCAAGAGCUUCCCCUCUUUCUGCUGGCUACGAUCUAUCGAGUGCAACGGAGACGAAAGUCCCAGCCAGAGGCAAAGCGCUGAUACCGACGGAUCUCAGCAUUGCUGUUCCCCAAGGAACGUACGCUCGUGUUGCUCCACGGUCUGGUUUGGCCUGGAAGCACUCGAUCGAUGUAGGGGCAGGUGUGAUCGAUGCCGAUUACCGGGGCCCCGUUGGUGUGGUUUUGUUCAAUCAUUCCGAUGUUGAUUUCGAAGUGAAGCCCGGAGAUAGAAUCGCACAGUUGAUUAUUCAGAAAAUUGAGACUCCUGAGGUUAGUGAGGUUGAUGAUCUUGAUUCUACCGAAAGAGGGUCUGCUGGAUUCGGAUCCACCGGUGUUUGA